AUGGCUGCGGGCUCUGCAAAAGGUGAAAAGCCAGACAUCGUCUUGGUAGACGACAGAGAAGCCGCCGCUGCGAAUUAUGACUUGGAAAAGUCGCCUCAGGUCAGAAUUAUCGACAACUUCACAGUCCUAGGUCUUAGCGAAGAGGAUGCAAGGUUUUACAAUAGCUUCACUGAGAAGCAAAGAAACCAUAUUAUAAAAAAGGUUGAUUUGCGGUUAGUACCGAUGUUGGCGAUUCUCUACCUGAUAUCCCAACUCGAUCGCGCAAACAUCGGCAACGCAAAGAUUGAAGGCCUUUCCGAAGACCUUCACCUCGUCGGGAACCAGUAUAACAUCGUCUUGGCUCUCUUUUUCACCCCUUACAUCCUACUUGAAGUCCCCAGCAAUAUCCUCUUGAGGAAAUCCAGACCCUCUGUCUAUCUUGGCUCUCUCGUCACUGCCUGGGGCAUCAUCAUGACCUUGCACGGAGUUGUCAGCAAUUUUGGCGGCUUGCUUGCUGUUCGACUACUCCUGGGCGUGUUUGAAGCGGGAUUCUACCCUGGUGCCAUUUAUCUGUGCGCCUUUUGGUAUAUGCCCAAAGAACUCGCCGUCCGAAUUGCAUACUUCUACUGCACCAGUGCUCUGUCUGGGGCAUUUUCCGGCCUUUUGGCUGCUGCAAUUGCUCUAAUGGACGGCGUCGGGGGUUACGAAGGAUGGCGGUGGAUUUUCCUCCUCGAGGGCAUCGCUACCACUGCUCUGGGCAUCCUCUGUUUCUUCUUCCUAGUGGACUCUCCCUCGCUGUCUUGUAACUGGCUAUGUCCAGAGGAAAUCAGAUUCCUCGAGCUUCAGUCCUUCGUGAAGCAAGGUGGACGCUUCUCAGUGCAGAACGCUGAUAAGAAGUUCCACUGGUUCGAGUUCAAGAUGGUUCUCACCAACUGGAGGCUUUAUCUGCAAGCGUACAUCCUGUUGUGUAUUUCCGCCUGCUCAUAUGGAACGAAGUUCACUCUCCCUUCCAUCGUCAAGGCCAUGGGCUUUACGGACAACACUAUCGCGCAGCUCAUGACGGUACCAGCAUACGUGGCAGGCGCCAUCUCUUCCAUCUUCUUUGCUUACUUGUCGGACCGAUUUCUCUGGCGGAUGCCCUUUAUUGUUGUCCCCAUGUCGCUCAUUACCAUCGGAUACGCCGUGGUGAUGGGCUUCAACGGCGACCUUGGCGGAAGCCAUACUGGGCCGGGAUAUCUAUCCUCCGGCCGUCGUGCGAUUGGCCUUGCAUUUUGUAUCUGCAUGGGCAAUAUCGGAGGUAUCAUCGGCAGUUUCAUGUACCUUGACAACGAAGCACCUGCAUACCCCACUGGCUUUGGGCUCUCUCUUGCCUUUGGUGCUUCUGGCGUCAUCGCGGCUAUCGUUCUUGAGUUGAGCUAUAUCUGGGCGAACAAGGAAAAGUCCAAGAUUCCAGAGGAAGUGGUGAGGGCUCAGUAUACGGAAGAUGAGCUGUUGAGGCUGGGCGAUAAGAGUUUGCUGUUUAAGUACCUACUCUGA